UUCAGCUCCAAAAACCAAAAUUAUUCAGGACAAAAUGUUUUUAAAGAUUGCUUGUGUUCUAGUCUUCUUCACUUUGUACUUGCGGGAGGGAUUAUCAAAGGAUUAUGAAGCAAAUAUCGGCACGAAUAUUAAUUUACAGAGAGUAAAACGUCAAAGCAAACCAAUCAAAUCAAUGCUGAAGGUGACAGACUACCAUGUAAAGUGUUCAGUGGUAUCCCGCUAUGCUGUUACUACAGUUCAGAGUUCAGUGUUGAACCAGCUCCCCAUCAUUAAGGAGGCUGCCUUUGAGGUGGACCUGCCCUCCUCUGCUUUCAUCUCCAACUUCACCAUCACUUCCAACAGCAAGGUGUAUGUGGCCCAGGUGAAGGAAAGGGCUGCUGCCAGGAAAAUUUAUGACGCUGCUAAGAAGCAAGAAACAGCAGGACUUGUCGCUACCAAAGAGAGGGAAAUCGAGAAGUUCGUUUUGCAGUGAGGUGUGCCGUCAGGGGCUCGGAUGUCCUUUUUCCUGACCUACGAGGAGCUGUUACAACGUCGACUCGGCCGCUACGAGCUCAGUCUGGGCCUGAGACCUGGUCAGCUUGUACAGAACCUCACGUUAGAUGUCUGUAUAAGAGAGAGGACAGGCAUCAGUUUUCUUACGGUCCUCCCUCUUAAAGCCAGCCGAGCAGUCUCCAACACUUCAGCUCAAGCUAAUAUCGAUGCCCCUGCCUCCACUCAUGUCGAGCGGAGUGUUGACUGCACUCGAGUUCGCUACAGUCCAACUGUUGAUCAGCAGAAAAGCAUCUCUUCCAAUGGCCUUAAUGCAGACUUCACCAUUCACUAUGAUGUGGAGCUAAAAGACCUAAUGGGUGAUAUUGAGGUAUACGAUGGCUACUUUGUGCAUUACUUUGCACCUAGGGGACUUCCUGUGGUUCCUAAGGAUGUUAUAUUUGUCAUUGAUGUCAGCAGCUCAAUGAUAGGCAAUAAGAUAAAGCAGACAAAGCAAGCCAUGAGCACCAUCCUUGGGGACCUUAGAGAGGGAGACCACUAUAUUAUCACCUUCUCAGACAAGGUUCACACUUAGAGAGGCAGAACGGUGCGAGCAACUCGGCAGAAUGUAUGGGAAGCCAAAGAGUUUGUGAAGAGGAUGGUGGCAGAAGGAUGGACCAAUAUCAAUGCAGCUCUGCUCUCAGCUGCCCAGCUGGAUCCUCCAUCCUCUGGCCCUUCCAGACCCAUCUCAUUUCAUCGUGUCCCUCUGGUAAUUUUCCUCACUGAUGGUGAAGCAACCAUUGGAGUAACAUCUGGUGAUACUAUCCUUAGUAAUGCUAAGAAGGCUUUGGGCUCAGCCUCUCUGUUUGGCCUUGCCUUUGGAGAUGAUGCAGACUUUCUACUGCUCAAACGCCUGGCUCUGGAUAACCGAGGUGUAGCCAAGAUGGUGUAUGAAGAUGCAGAUGCAGCCUUGCAGCUCAAGGGCUUCUAUGAUGAAGUAGCUAGCCCUUUGUUAUCAGACAUCCAGCUGUCUUACCUGGAUGAUCAAGCAUUUGAUGUCACCCGUUCUUUUCCCAAACUACUUCCAGGGUCUGAGUUGGUUGUGGCUGGGAGGGUUAAGCCAGGGGUCAAAGAUUUAAAGGUGUCAGUCUCAGCUACUGAUUUAAAGCAGCGAAUGAAGUUGGAGAAUGAUGUGCUUAUUUCCCAAGGAAAUGAGAGCACAGAUUCACUAGACUGUUCAGGAGAUUUAGAAGGGUUAUCCAGCUUUGUUCAUCGCCUCUGGGCAUAUUUCACCAUCAAAGAGCUGCUACUCGCUAAAUUGAAUGCUACUGAUCCUGCAACUCAAAGGUUGCUGACAGAUAAAGCCAACCUCUCCCUCAAAUAUAACUUUGUUACUCCAGUCACUUCUUUAGUUGUCGUUAAACCAGAUGUAGAUGAAGCAACUCAAAGUCCAACCACUCCAAAGCCUACCAUAGCUGCCACUAUAACCACAACAGCAACGACUACAACUACAACCAAAACAUCAGGUGCUGGUGCCGCAAAGAAGCCUGGCUCACCGACUACUAAACAUAAUAAGUUGACUCCAAGCCUGCCUCAGCCACCUCCAAAUACCCUACAGCCUAACAAAAAAACAGUGGCUACAUCCAAGAAAGCAGCUACAACCUCAAGUCCCACCUCUGUCAAAACAGCCCCAGCACCAUCAUAUGGUAAAAAGCCCACUCCUUCCCACAAUGACUCUAAAUCUGCUUCUCCUCCUGUGCCUGGAAAGAUAACCACUUCCCUGCUUAAUGCUCUAAAAACAGCACCACCUCCUGCACCUGGAAAGGUCUCCGCCCCUCUGCCCAGUGCCAAGAAAACAAAUACUCCCACAACAACCACCACUGUGCUAACACUCACCACCAGUAAUUCAACACUGCUUAGUCCAGUCAGAAGUAACCCCGCACCCCUGCCCAGGAGACCUCUUGCCCUCCUACCCAGUACAGCACAGACUAUGGGGGCAGAGAACAGCAACACAUCUGCUCCAGAUGCUCACCAGCCUGAAAUCAAUACAUCCCUAACCCAGCUGUCGUCUAUACUAACCUCUCCCACCACGGCCCUGGCUCCAGCAGUGGAAAACAACGACACAAACUCAAAUGCUGACACAGACCUGAACAUUGCGACCCUAGUGUCAGCUACCUUUGCUCCCAUGCCUGGUGUAACAGAUGGGCCACAACUGUGGGAGGCAGCAGAGCUACUAGAUGUCUCUACUUCCAUUCAGAUUCAAAGAAAAGAUAUUGACCUCGUGAAAGACUACGAGGCAACCUAUGAAUAUGAUUACGACUAUGAUGCCUGGUAUGUUACUGAUACAUUUGAGCCUCAAGCUGGAUUGGGAGCCAUCAGGGUAUUCUCCUCAUCAGUUGAUGGAGAUCCUCAUUUUGUGGUCCAACUACCAAAGCUGCACCAGAACCUGUGUUUCACAGUAGAUGGCAGGGCUAAUGAUGUUCUCAGACUGCUGGAAGACCCGGAAAGAAAUAUCAUUGUGGAUGGCCACCUAAUGGGGGCUCCUUCCAAGGAUGGUGUAGAAGACCGCUUGCGAAACUACUUCGACCAGCUCACCAUCUCCUCGGCCACAGGCAGCUCUGGUGACAUCAUGAUCACUCUGUCACUGGACACUGUAGUGGUGGAAGGGGAAGGACGGGAUACCCUUCCCAUCAAUCAGCAGGGAUCGGUGACGAGGCAAGGUGUGACUGUUACUGUGGACAACCACCGGAGCUGCUGGAUCGAUCUGGCAAAAGGCGUGCAGUUCCUGGUCCUGUUCCAUCAUUAUAAACAUCCAAGCUACCUACAGCUGGCUCACCUAGGUUUUUACAUCACAGAUGGGCAAGGGCUUUCUGACUCCACCCAAGGCCUUCUGGGCCAGUUUCAGCACGCUGACAUUAAUAUAACAGUGGUGAAUGAGCACGUGGAUGAAGGUGUUCAUCGAGCUAAGGAGGAAAUUCUUGCCAGGGGGAUCCUGAAGUGGGGAUCAGAGCAGAUGCCAGUCACCUUGCAAGACAAGAAGCUGAAGGAUUCGGUGCAAAAAGUCCACCUAGGCAGGUGUUGGGUGGUGCCCAAGGCAGUGAUAGAGAAACUACUGGGCCAUUCUUAUGAGAGCUAUGUGGUGAAUCAUGUGUAAUUCUAGCUGAGUCAUCUCCACUGUCUUGUGUGUCUGCUGCACAGCUCACGUCACAGCAGUUAACACGGCAAGGUUAUCACAAAAGGAUGAACCAAAACUGGUUCAUCCUAGUUGCCUGAAUGAGAUUCUGGAAGGGUGGGACAGAUUACAGACUGCAGUGAAAAGUUUCAUACAAGUAAAUACAGCGAAGGGCUGAAUGGUGCCUCUGUCUCUUCUCCACCACUGAAUUUGAACCGGAUUCAAGCUCCGUGUUUUGUAUCCAUCACAGAGACACAAUGUACUCCUGGUUGCAUGGCAACUACAAAAUAUCCAAUAGUGCUGCAACAGUUUGCGCUUGCUCCAUAAUAUCAUGCACAACAACUCUGUUUACAAGUUAUUUAUCAGAUUAUUCUCAUAUUUCAUGUAUGAGUUUUUGAUAGUCAAAAGCGCUCUUUCAGCAUUACUUGUAACCAUAGUGUAAUUCAAUAAAUUAUAU